AUGGCUGAUCCAAUAGAUGGCACUAAGCCUCUUAAGGAUUAUGUGAUUCUUACUGAAGAGGAACCGCAUUGUAGUAUUGUGCAUCCGCCUAUUGCGGCAAAUAACUUUGAAUUGAAACAUUCUUUGUAUGAUCUGUCACAAGUCGAUUAUGAGAAAUGUUACAUAGUUGGUAUCAGAGCAGUUCAACCAGUUAAUUAUUUAUGGAUGGUUGUGCAAGAAGAAAUGGCUAGCAUAAAUGAUUGUGCUAUUGUUGAUGCUAUCAAAGAAAUGACUCGUGUAAUGGCUCAAGCAAUUAAAGGUUUGCAUGCUAAUCAGAAUCAGAAUGGAGGAGCUGACCGAGAUCAGUUGAGGUCCAUGCAACAAAGAGAAAAGGAGACAUUCCGUGAAUACGCGCAAAGGUGGCGCGAAAUUGCAGCACAGGUUGUUCCACCUAUGGAAGAAAAGGAGAUGACGAAAGUGUUCUUAAAGACUCUUGAUACUUUUUAUUACGAGAGGAUGAUUGCAAGCGCUCCUACAGACUUUACUGACAUGGUAAACAUGGGAGUCCGUUUAGAGGAAGCAGUUCGAGAAAGGCGUCUAGUCAGAGAAGGAAGUUCAUCUUCAAGCGGGGCAAAGAGGUACGGCGGUUUUAUGAAAAAGAAGGAACAAGAAACUAAUGCUGUGUCCUAUAAUCAUCCAAGAAGGAUCAAUUAUCCUUACCAUUCCCAACACCAACAUAUAGCAGCCGUGACUCCAGUAAUCACUUCCGCUCCAGUUCAAGUCCAAUACCCUCAGCAGCGUACCAACCGCUUCCAACAGAAUACUCAGUAUCAGCAACAACAUCAACCUCAACAACAUCAACAUCAGUUACAACAACGUCCACCACAGCAGCAAAGCAGAACCAAUUUUGAUCCAAUUCCAAUGUCAUAUGCAGAAUUGUAUCCAGCUUUGAUCACUAAAAACCUUGUGCAACCACGACCACGACCUCUUGUACCAGAAGUGCUACCUUGGUGGUACAAGCCAGAGGUAUCUUGUCCCUUUCAUCAGAAUGCUUCAGGUCAUGACUUAGACAACUGUUUUGCUUUAAAGUUGGAAGUACAGAAGUUGACAAGAGCAGGUAUCCUGACCUUCAAGAACAUGGGUCCCAAUGUGAAGGACAAUCCAAUGCCAAGUCAUGGUCCUUCAUCAGUGAACAAUAUAGAAGUUUGUCUCAAUGAACAACGUGUUACGAAGAUGGAGGAGAUUCGGCGGUCUUUGGUUGAAAUUCAUUCUGUUUUAUGUGCUCAUGGUCUAUUCCAACAUGACCACCAGAUCUGUGUUACAUGUUCAGUCAAUUCAAGAGGUUGUAGAAAGAUUCAAGAUGAUUUGCAAGGCGUCCUUGAUCAGGGUUUGAUUCAGAUUUCUAGACAAGUGAGUUCUCCAGAAUCACAAGAACAAGAAGUGAAUGUCAUUAUUCCUUGCUUCAACAUUCCAGAGAAAGUAGAGAUAGCUUAUCAUCCGAGGGAGCCGGUGGUGAUUUGCCCUCCGGGCCCAAUGCCUUACACUUCAGAUAAAGCGGUCCCCUACCGCUAUGCAGCAACUAUUAUUGAGAACGGUAAAGAGGUUGAGAUUAAAACCUUAGCCUCAGUUACCAAUAUCGCAGCAAAUAGCCGAAUGACGGGCAGUGGCCGCGUGUUCGCUCCGCCGGUUAUCCCAAGUAGAAAUGUUGAGAAAGAUCCAGUAGUCGUGGUACCAGUGACAAGAGAAGCAGAAGGGCAAACAAGCAAUUCAACCCUUGACAAAGAAACAGAUGAACUACUCAGAAUUAUCAAGAUCAGUGACUACAAAGUGGUAGAUCAGUUGCUACAGACACCGUCAAAAAUCUCGAUCCUGUCCUUAUUAUUGAACUCAGCUGUCCACAGAGAAGCACUACUGAAGGUGCUUGAUCAAGCCUUUGUAGAACAGGAUAUAACAACAGAGCAGUUCAACAAUGUUGUAGGCAGCAUCACUUCGUGCAAUGGCUUAGGCUUUUGUGAUGAAGAACUGCCAGAAGAAGGAAAGAAUCACAACUUCGCUCUCCAUAUCUCAGCCAAUUGUCAAGGGGAUUCUUUGUCUAAUAUCCUAAUUGACACCGGUUCAUCUCUGAAUGUCAUGCCCAAGUCUACCUUGUUGAAGCUAAAGUACAAAGGGGGGCAAAUGCGGCACAGUGGAAUUAUUGUGAAAGCGUUCGAUGGAUCAAGAAAAACAGUCAUUGGAGAAGUUAAUUUGCCUAUUGGUAUUGGACCACACGUAUUCCAGAUCACUUUCCAGGUUAUGGACAUAGUGCCAGCUUAUAGCUGUCUGCUCGGACGCCCAUGGAUUCACGAGGCGGGUGCCAUUACAUCCACGUUACACCAAAAGUUAAAGUUUGUCAAAAAUGGGCAAAUAGUGACGGUUAAUGGGGAGCAGGCUAUGCUGAUUAGCCACCUUUCAUCGUUUAGUGUGAUAGAAGUAGACGAGACGGCUGUUCAAACUCCAUUUCAGGCCCUGACCAUCGAUGAUUACAAGAAAAGUGAAGUUUCAAUCGCGUCAUUCAAAGACGCCCAGCAGAUUGUCAAGACAGGUCCUACAGAAAUGUGGGGCAAGGUGAUAGAGUUGCCAGAAAACGUUAACCAUGCAGGAUUAGGCUUUGUUGAUGGAAAACAAGUGCAGACUUCAGUGGUGCGACCUUUCAAAGAUAUCUUUCACAGCGGUGGGUUUAUCAACAUGGUAGCAGUUGAGGAGGAUACUUUUGAGGGAAAGACAGAAGACGAAGGCCCCAGAUUUGUGACACCAGGAAUGGCAUCCAGGUCAAGUGCUUCAAAAAAGAGAAAGGUUGGGAGCACUUCCCGCACUGCGCCAAUUCAAUUUGACACCGAUAAAUUUGUUGGGCCGAAGCAAGCCGCACGUUAUGUGGCGUUGGAGAAAAGGAAAAUCUUACCUGAGAAGAGUCGCGAGUUCUAUGCGAACGCGCUGCCAAAUGACGACAAGCCUUUCACUUGGACUAUAAGAGUGUCAGGGCGUCAGGUCGCUUUUGAUAGGGAUGCUAUUAAGCGAGUGCUUGGUGAACCGCUCCAUCUGGGAGUUAAUGAGAGGGAUGCAUACCACAGAGAUCUGAGGCUCCACAAGGACACUGAUGCUAUUUCUUCGAGGGUGAAGCUACCCUCCCGCAGUCAGGUAAGGAUUCCGUCCGCAAUCGACGAUCGAUAUGUGGCCAAGUACUGUAAGCCGAAGAACUUCCGAGGUAGUACAGAUGUUGAUGAUAUCGGGGCUUCUGAUGGUCCUGGUGCUUUUGCUCAGGGGUUUGAUCAUUUCCAGCAAGCUAUUUGCAAUUACAAUUGA